UAUUUUCCUUGUUAUAGUUAUAGUUGUUUUGAAUGUUUUAGUUUCGACUUAAUACUCACUUCCGAAACGAUCUAUAAUCCGGAAGACUAUGACGCUCUUCAUGAUGCCUUCGAUUAUGCUCUUUCACCAAAUGGAGUGAUGGCUGCGCUCAUACCUUGCGAAACUGAAGAAUUGCAAGAUCGAUGGGUGGCCGCAAAAGUUUUCUAUUUUGGUGUUGGUGGUGAUAUUCCAACAUUCAUAGAUUUUGUUGAAAAGAAAGGCGUGUUCAGAGUUACUACUAAGCAAUCUAUAAGUGCAGAUGUUCCUAGGGUUAUUUUAGAACUGAAGAGAUAG